AUUUCAUCAUCAUGAAAACCCCAUUUAUUCUGCUGGUCGUCGCUGCCAUAGCGACGGCACAAAGAGGUGGCAUCAAAUUUACUCCCCCCUGCCAACCUGUAGUGGACAUCGUGUUCCUGAUGGUUCAGUCCGCCUCCAUCAUGCCUGAGGAACACAAGGCCCAGGUCGAGUUCCUGACAGAGCUGUCCGAGAAGUUCAACGUCGGCCCAUACGACGUCCAGUACAGCGCGCUCGUCUACUCCAUGUCACCCAACAAGCUGUUCGACUUCAAGAGGUUGAAGACCAACGCGAAAGUGACGCGGCAACUGUCUCGAGCCGUGUACCGUAAAGGUCAGACCCUGACAGGCAAGGCUCUGGACUACAUCUACACCUCCAACAUGUUCGACUCGUCGUCUGGUGCCAGAGAUAUCGCCACCGACAUCGUCGUAAUGAUCACCGACAGCGUUUCAAAGGAUCAGGCCGCUACAUCUGCCGCGGCCAAAGUGUUGAGGGACAGGGGCGUGAACAUCCUGGCCAUCGGCGUGGGUGACGCCUCUGACAAGGAGCUCAACCAGAUCACUGGAAACUCCAGCAAUGUCUUUAAGACAGAAAGUUAUGACCGCUUGUCCAACCUCAAGGACACACUCGUCAGUCGGAUCUGUGCAGUUUUCAAGGAAGACGAAGGUAACAACACCAUACAUAUUUUUAUUUCUAGCCAUUAG